AUGCGCAGUCUGUUCGUCAUCAACGCCGCCUGCUGUUUCCUCACCGUGGCAUUUGUCAAGAAAUAUGACGCCGUGUUUGCAUCUCACCGUCAGCACCUUAACACCAGCUCCUUGUACGCAGGCAGGGGGUCCGCGUCGCUGCUGGGCAAGUUUCCGAAGGGCACGUUCCCACUGGAGCUCAACCGCUACGGCUACACGCUCACCGACUUCGUGGCCCCCAGUCUUUUUGUUCUGAAAACAACGCUCCCAAUGGGAAUGUUCCAGUUUGUGGGCCACAUCGCGUCGCACAAGGCGACCUCAGUCAUCCCCGUCUCUUUGGUCCACACGAUCAAGGCGCUCUCGCCUCUGACCACGGUGUUGAUCUACCGUUUCCUGUUCAAGCAGAAGUUUGGAAGCAGGACGUAUCUGACCCUGCUUCCUUUGGUUGUGGGCGUCAUGUUGUCCUGUGUGAAAAACAACCGAAUCACGGCCGACUCGGAGUUUUUCUACACGGGCUGCGCGUUUGCGUUCGUCUCCAUGCUCAUCUUUGUGUCGCAAAACAUCUUUGCCAAGAAAGUCCUCACUUUCGAGACCAAGGACCUCAAGAGCGAUUAUUUCACCCACAGCCUCAACUACCAGAUCGUCAAGAGCGAGUCGGCCACCUCCACGCCCAUGCUUCCUAUCGCGAUGGCUCCGAAACACCUCAGUCCGCCGGUCACGCCUCUGUCGGGCAACUCGUCGCAGUCUCUCAACAAGCUGGUCGCCAACUCUGAGAAGAAGCUCGACAAGAUGUCGGUGCUGUUCCACUGUUCGUUUGUGGGGUUCGUGCUGACGCUGCCGCUGUAUCUGCUCUCGGAGUUCUCGUCAGACUCUGGCUUGUCGCUUGCGAAGAUCGACCGCUACGUGGCCGGCCUGAUCCUCGUCAACGGACUCUCGCAUUUCGUGCAGAGCGUCGUCGCCUUCCAGAUUCUGGGAAUGGUGAGUCCGAUCAACUACAGCAUCGCCAACAUCCUCAAACGGAUCAUCAUCAUCAGCUGCUCGAUCCUGGUGGAGGGAACGAAACUCAGCGCCGUCCAAUGGACAGGACUCGCACUGACGUUCAUUGGGCUCUACUGCUACGACAAAUGGGGCGUGCAGCGCAAGCAGUGA